CUGUCUCCUUCUCCUCUUCUCUCUCUCUCUACAAGUCCCCUCUAAUGCCUUCUUCUUUCUUUUCAAAUCCCUCCUGUUUUAGGAACCUCCCCUAACAAUUUCCUCCUCAGCUCCGGCUCUCAUCUCCCACCUUUAUUAUUCUCCCCCUCCCCUGAUUUAUCAAUCGUACUGUUAAUUUUUUAUGUUAUUUCUGCCAGCUCUCACUUUUAAGGACUGCUCCUUUCCCUCUCCCUCCCUCUCUCUCUCUCUCUCUCUCUCUCUCUCUCUCUCCCCCUUCACUCACCCUUUCCAGUUGUCCAAGCUUCCAUCUUUUUCACCCUCCUCCAGUACUCAUCUCCUUUUCCAUUUUCAAUCUCCUCCAAUCAAUCUUCCUCUCUGAAACUUUCACUUUCACUUUCUUCUUCAACCAUCACUCCCAGAUUAGUAGCAGAGGAAGCAGUGCGGGAAUUUCGAGGGGCUAAUAUUCCGAACGCAUGCAGCAGCAAGGGGGGUCCCAGUAUGGGGUUCCUCCGCCGGAAAUGGUGCCGCCAUUCACCUCCCCCAUGAUCGGAAUUCCCACCGGCGUAGAAUAUCUGCAGCAGUCGUCGCAGCAGGUUGCUGAGGAUGCUUCGCCGAUCAACAGCCGCCCUGCGCCGCCGCAGCCGCGCCAGCAAGUUACGAUUUUUGAGGAGUAUGGCUCCGGCGGGGGAGCUAUGGUUAGAAAUUUUGCAGACGAGGAGGCGCUGGGAGCCGGCGAGGAGUCGGAGAGAGGCGGCGGAGGCGGGAAUAGGUGGCCGCGACAGGAGGCUCUUGCUCUGCUCAAGAUCCGGUCGGACAUGGAUGCUGUUUUUAGGGACGCCACUCUCAAGGGCCCUUUAUGGGAAGAUGUCUCCAGGAAGCUGGCGGAGUUAGGUUACUCAAGAAGCGCGAAGAAAUGCAAGGAGAAAUUCGAAAAUGUUCACAAGUACUAUAAACGAACAAAGGAAGGUCGAGCCGGCCGUCAGGACGGCAAAAGUUACCGUUUUUUCACACAGCUUGAAGCCCUCCAUGGCAGCACUGGUGGCACCACGUCUGUAAACUCAUUCCCCUCUCCUACAAACACCACAUUUAUCCCAAACCUCACUUCAGCUGCCGGUUCUGCUGCCUCGCAGCAUAAAACACCAUCCUCUUCUUUCCCCAUCCCUUCCGACAGCACAAUGACACCGCCGCCCCCGGUUACCAGAUCUCAACCACCACCAGUUGCCGCACCAGCUCCACCAUCUAUGCCCCUUCUGGAGAUAUCCACUCCCGCCGCUGUUGUAGGAAUCAGCUUCUCUUCCAACACUUCAUCCUCCUCCGCGUCGGAAUCCGAUGGCGAGAAUACGGAGGAAGGCGGGCUCGGCGCGCUCCAUGAUGGCGGUAGGAAGAGGAAACGGGAGGAGUGGCCUGGGGGCAGCCGAAAAAUGAUAGCUUUCUUUGAUGGAUUGAUGAAGCAAGUUAUGGAGCGCCAGGAGGCGAUGCAACAGAGGUUCUUAGAAACUAUUGAGAAGCGUGAACAGGACAGAAUGAUCCGAGAAGAAGCUUGGAAGAGGCAGGAGAUGGCAAGGCUCAAUCGUGAGUACGAACUCAUGGCUCAAGAACGCACCAUGGCUGCUAACAGAGACGCGGCUAUCAUUUCCUUCCUACAGAAGUUCACCGGAAUCCAACCUCCCAUCUCUGCCGCCACUCCACCGGAAGAAUCAGCUCCGCCGCCACCCACUUCUCCGGUGGAGCAACCGAAACCCGCUCUUGCACCUGCUGUCCAAGCACCGGCAAUGCAAAAUGAAGCAAGCGAUAACCUGCCGAUUGAAAGAAACGAUCUUCUGCUUAACCAGGCUACAUCUUCUUCAGAACCGGCGGCUGCGAUGUCCGAGAUGGCUGAUGGAAUGGGUGUCGGAUCAAGUUUGGACGCAAUCUCACCGUCUUCUUCGUCAUCAAGGUGGCCGAAAAUGGAGGUUCUCGCAUUAAUCAAGCUGCGCAGCGGGCUGGAAUCGAGGUAUCUUGAAUCAGGGCCAAAGGGGCCACUUUGGGAGGAGAUUUCGCUGGGAAUGAAGCGGCUUGGCUAUAACAGGAAUUCAAAGAGAUGCAAGGAGAAGUGGGAGAACAUUAACAAGUAUUUCAAAAAGGUGAAGGAGAGCAACAAAAAGCGACCAGAGGACGCCAAAACAUGCCCUUAUUUUCACGAGCUCGACGCGCUUUACCGUAAAAAACAGCUCUUUGGUGGCGCCGCAGCAGUCCCUUCUGGAAUUGCGGCGCAGCAGCAGCAGGAGCUAGCCAUUAAUCAAAAGAUUGGGGAAUCUCUUCAAACUCAAGUGCAGUUAAGUGUUCUACCGGAGAAGGAGAGCAAUAAAGUUCAGAAAACCCCAAACACACUGAGAAACAGUGAUGGGGGAAAUCAUGAGAGUAGCGGCAUUCAGAUAGCAAGAAGCAAUGGCACCGGCAUUCUCCUCAAAUUUUCUUUGGAGGAGCCCCAAACAGGGGCAGCUCUACCGCCAUGAAAAAGCCAGAAGACAUCGUUAGAGAACUGAUGGGACAGCAGAAUCUACCACACCGAGUUGCAAACGAGUUUGACAAGCUAGGCGGCGGAGAGACCGUAGACAGCGACACUAUCAACCAUGAAUACGAAGAUGAAGAUGAAGAUAACGAAGAUGAAGAUGAAGAUGACGACGAGGAAGACGGUAAGCUGAGGUAUGAGAUACAAUUCCAACGGCAAGCUGUCGGAGCAGGUGCAGCCAGUGCUCGCAGCGGAAAUUCAACCGGAAAAGUGCCGACAACAUCGGCCGCGCCGUCUGCAGGUUCUUUCCUCGCCAUGGUUCAGUAAUAAGAUCAAUCGAUUCAUCCAUUAUCCAUCUCAAAAUUCAAUCUUUUCCUUCUACAAAUCCACAUUUUCGUAUUUCUUCUCCAUCUCUUUCUCAAAUUCAAACCUUUCCAUCCACGUUGCUCUCCAAAUUAAGUCCUUUGAAUCGCCAUAGAUGUUCUUUUUCUUCAUUUCUAUUUGUUGUGGGAAUAAGGAUCCUUUUCAGGCCACCAACAUAAGGGUUAUUGGGAAUAAUGAAGUUUGCAAAAAGAGUAAAUGAAUUCAGCCCUUGUAAAUUAGAGGAUUGUGAAGCAUGCAAGAAGGCUAUUUUUUUUUUCUCCUCUUUUUUUCUUUUCUCUGCAGACUCUUUAAACAUAUUUAUAUAUAAAUAUUUACAUAUCUACCAAAAAUGUAAACUUUGUAUCUGUGUUCCUUCCCAUUGAUCUUCUUCCGUCUCUCAUGCAGGUGGAAUUCAUAAUUUGAGUUUAUCACUCGGUUCUUUCUGUAAAUCUCAUGCUCUUAUUAUUUACUAUUGUACAUUUUUAAUCUGUAAAAACCAUUUCUUUAAAGCUAUUUUCUGUAGCA